ACAUUUAAAACUCUGCACCAGUCUUAGUUUUUGGAGUGUGGAUCUAACCUCUGCCACUUAUCAUUCAAGCUAUGGGUGCAGCCAUCUUUCUCAGGGCUCUCACUCUACUGAUACUCACAGCUUCGGCCAUUUCAGAUCCACACUACUUGAUCAUCUUCCCAGCAUUCAUUCAUCAUCCCAGUACAGAAAAGUUUUGUAUAUUUCUAGAUUCCCUCUCAAAUUUUGUCCAUUUGUCAGUAACAUUAGAGAUGAAGAUGCAGAACCAUACUCUGUUGGAGAAAGAUGUGAACCCACCAGGGACCUUUGAGUGCGCCAGUUUCCAGGUCCCAAAGUUUGUUCCCAGGAACACGGAUUUCGGCUUUGACUACGAAGAAGAGGUGGCCCAUGUUCACGUCCUCAUCCAACAUGACAAAAGUGUAAUAUUCAAAGGCCAAAAUAAAGUUCUAGUCAAGAAUGCUCAUACAAGGACCCUGAUGGAAUUAGACAAACCCUUUUACAAAUCUGGAGAAGAAGUAAAGUUUCGCAUUGUGAGGCUUGAUGAAAAAUUUAAAGCCAUUGAAGAUGCUAUCCCUUUGAUAAAGUUAGAGGAUCCUGACAAGAACCGAAUUGCCCAGUGGGUGGAUGUGAAGCCUGUUCAUGGCAUUGUGGAUCUGUCUUUCCCUCUGGCCCCUGAAGCAGCCCUGGGUACAUACAUCAUUAAGAUAGGAAAGGAGGAGAAUAGAAACGAAAAAAAAUUCACUGUGGAGGAAUAUGUGCUACCUAAAUUUGAAGUGUUAUUUGAACAUACACAACUUGUUACCACUUCAGAUGAUGAAAUUCCUAUCAAAGUGCUUGGCAGAUACACAUAUGGGAAGCCUGUUCAUGGGACUGUCCAUCUCAAUUUGACUCGAACCCAAUCAUAUUAUUUCUAUGAAAGUGAGAGUACAAGAAUGUUUGACAUUAAGCUUAAUUACACAAAUCAGACGGACAAGACUGGAUAUGCUUCAUUUACUAUUAACACAACAGAUAUUAAACUACUUCAAAAAGGUUACGCCAGUACUAUUGAGCUUUCUGCAGAAUUGGAAGAGGAAGGAACAGGAGUGAAAAUCUUAGGAAAUAGCUUUAUCUCAGUGGUCACCAGAGCAGUUCAAAUAACGUUCCUCAACCUCAAUCCAUUCUUCAAGCAUGGAUUUCCAUAUACUGGAAAGAUGAAAUGUGCUGUCAAUGAUGUACCCUUAAAGAAUCAGACUGUGUACCUUACUCUUGAUGUUGAUAAUGUGGAAACUCAUAUUUCAUACAUCACUGAUGAAAAUGGGGAAGUUCAUUUCACCUUGGACACAAAAAAAUGGAAAAACAGUCCAGUUGCUUUACGGGGUAGGUAUUCCCUCUUAAAUGCAACUCAAGAUGAUGUCAGUAUGGUAUUUAAUGACGCUUUUGUCUGGCUGAAGCCCUUCUACUCAGAGAGUAACAGUUUUCUUGAGAUUCAGCAUGUGGAGGGAGAACUGCCCUGUGGAAAGGAUCAGGAAGUACUGGUGGAUUAUAUCCUUGACCGGAAGGAGCUGGGCCCCGAGGCCGACCACGUAGAUUUCUAUUACUUGGUUGUAUCAGAAGGAAAUAUUGUCUCCAGUGGACAGCAACGAGUACCAGUUGGCCUGGAAGAGACACUCAAAGGCACCUUCUCCCUCACCCUCACCACCAGUUCUGACCUGGCACCCACUGCCAGGCUUCUGCUGUUUACAGUCUUCACUGACGGCGAGGUGGCAGCUGACGUUGAUACGUUCAAAAUAAACAAGUGCUUCAAGCAUAAGGUGACAUUGGGCUUCUCUGAACAGGAAGAGCUUCCAGGGUCAAAGGUCAAUCUGCACAUAGAAGCUGCCCCUGGUGCUUUGUGCUCUGUCCGUGCUGCAGACAAGAGCGUUCUCUUGCAGACGAACCAAACUCUGACACCAGAUUCGGUAUAUGACUCUGCUUACCCUUACCUUGAAGCCAUGACUCCAAGAGGAUUUCACUAUCAUUUGGAAGAUUUUGAGCCCUAUCCUUGUCUUCCUUCAGAGAGUAAAAGGCAAAAGCGGUAUUUGAUAGCUCCCUGGUUUCAAAGUCAGGCUGAUGUUUAUAGUCUGUUCAAGGAGGUGGGUAUGAAACUUUUCACCAACACCAGAGUUAAGAAGCCAGUGUCCUGUGAGCUGCACCAUUUUGAGAGAAGGGUCAACAGCGUAGGACUCACACUGUACGGAUAUGUGAUUCACCUUAAAAAAGACUUCCCUGUAGCUGAAUCAUUAAGCGAUAGUAAGCCGCAGGCUCUUGAUUUGGCCUCCAAGAAGAAAGAGGAAGCCAAACCUAUGCCGCAGGCUCUUGAUUUGGCCUCCAAGAAGAAAGAGGAAGCCAAACCUAGAACAUACUUUCCAGACACAUGGAUUUGGAAUCUGAUCCCUGUUGAAACCACCAUCAGGGUUUUCCAGCCCUUCUUUCUUGAUCUGACGCUGCCAUAUUCUGUAAUCCGUGGAGAGACUUUCCAGAUAAAGGUCAUCGUCUUUAACUUCCUCAAGGACUGUAUCCAGGUGAGAACGACCUUGCUGGAGUCUCAGGAGGUGGAGGUGAAGCCAUGUCCAGACUGCCAGUUCACCACCUGCCUGUGUGCUGAGGAGGCCAAAGUCUUCUCCUGGAACGUGACAGCCAUGCAGCUGGGGCACGUGAACAUCUCAGUGAGCAGUGAGGCCGAGGAGACCCAAGAGUUGUGUGGCAACAAGAUCUCUGUCACUCCCACGCGUGGCCGGUCAGACACAGUGAUAAAAUCAUUACUCGUCAAGCCAGAAGGUGUCCUUGAAGAAGAGACCCAGAACACAUUCCUGUGCUCUUCAGGAGAUCCAGCAUCUGAGGACGUUGGCCUAACAAUGCCAGAAGCGGUUGUGCAGGAUUCUGGGCGGGCCACCGUAUCUGUCAUCGGAGAUAUCAUGGGAGCUGCACUAGAAAAUAUAGACCAUCUGCUUCAGAUGCCCUUUGGCUGUGGUGAGCAGAACAUGGUCAAGUUUGUUCCCAACAUCGUUGUACUCCAGUACUUGGAAAAAACCAACCAGGCGACUCCAGAGAUAAAGAAUAAGGCAAUAGCGCACAUGAAGAGUGGAUACCAGCGGCAGCUGCUUUAUAAACAUGAUGAUGGCUCCUACAGUGCCUUUGGAAAGAGUGACAAAGAGGGGAACACUUGGCUGACCGCGUUUGUGGCCAAGGCUUACGGCCAGGCAAAGCCCUACAUCUACGUGGAUGAAAAGCAUAUCCAGGAUGCCGUGCACUGGUUGGGGAAGCACCAACUUCCCAGCGGCUGCUUUGAAAGUGUGGGGAGGCUCUUCAAUAAUGCCCUGAAGGGCGGUGUGGAUGAUCACCUUUCUCUGACAGCUUAUGUCACUGCCUCUUUGCUGGAGCUGCAGCUAGAGAAGAAUGGGAGCAUGGUAGAUGACGCCUUACUCUGCCUGAAGAGGAGCCUGAGCUCUGUGAACAGUACCUACCCAAAGGCUUUGCUGGCUUAUGUCUUCACGUUGGCUGGGGACACAGAGACCCGGCAACAGCUCCUCAGAGACUUAGAGGAGGAAGUUCUCAAAACAGAAACAUCAGUCUCGCAGACUGAAAUCCUUGCCUACUUUCUCUUGGCUUACCUGUCUAAACCAGAGAUAUCCACAGAUGAUAUUAAGCAUGCCUCCAAGAUAGUGCGGAUCCUUGUCAAACUACAAAAUCCAUAUGGAGGCUUUUAUUCCACGCAGGACACUGUAGUUGCCCUACAAGGUUUAGCCAGGUAUGCAGCCUUGACAUACAUUGAGAUAGAAAACCUAAAGGUGGUGGUGAAAUCCAGCAAAGGCUUCCAGCAUGAAUUCCAUGUGAACAAGAAGAACCGGCUGGUGCUGCAGCAGGCCUCCCUCCCAAAGAACCCCUGCCAGUACCAGGGGGAGGUAUCAGGGGAUGGGUGUGCUUAUGUGCAGACUAUCCUUCGAUAUAACCACCUACCACAGAAGACAAAUAUUUUUACUUUGAAUGUGGAAACAUUCCCAAAAGAAUGCAACUUCGCGUCCAGGAAGUAUUUUGGCAUCCAGCUACAAGUGAGCUACAUAGGCCAACGAGAGACAAGCAAUAUGGCCCUAAUAGAAGUGAAUUUAGUAUCAGGAUUUAUUCCUGUGAAGAAGUCUCUGAAAAAGCUGGAAGGUACAGCCCAUGUAAAGAAAGUAGAAUUUGACCCAGACAAGAUCAGUAUCUAUCUUGAUCAGUUGGAUAAUACAGUUCAAAACUACAAUUUCUAUGUGGAACAAGAAGUUAAAGUAACAGAUCUUAAACCUGCAAUAGUUAAAGUUUAUGACUAUUAUCAUCCAGAUGACAACGCUGUUGUUGAAUAUAAUGCUCCUUGCAGUGAAGGACCGGGAAGGGCAGUUCCAUGCUGCAGCUUCAAGCAGUUUGUCACCCAUGCAUAAAUCAGGUAGAAAUAAAGAAAUCACUUCCCUGGUUUCUACCUAUACUUCCACUUUGAUCAUGAUGAUAGCCUGGAAUUCUGUCUGGACUGUGCUUACCACAGCCCUCAUUGGAAGAUUCCCCUGCUUCUUUACUCUUAUCAUCCAUGCCAGGAAAGCAAACACCAAUUGCUUUUCUCUCCAUGGACAGGACUUUUGAGGACAUACAGUGUCCAUUGAUAGAUACAGUCUGGAAAGAAACCAGACUUCUCUCUUUGACUCCAGCUCCUAUUAGACACUUUCCCAUCUGAUGCACUGACUGGUAGACCAGUAAAAAAAAAAAAAA